AUGGAUAAUGGCAGGUCUCCAACGGACAUCAUCACCUACAUUGGUGUCCCCCUUGCGGUGCUCGGCGUCCUUCCGAUAAUCUAUACGUCUGUGCGAGCGAUCCUGACCCAGCGGUCGAUCCGGUCCAUUCUCAAGCGGCAUGACCUCCUUGACUCCGCCCUGACGCGCGUGAGCCUCAUCGGCGGACUGGUAGAGGUCGAGUUGCCCCGAUGUACAAUCACUCCACUCGACCGGGAGCUUGACGAUGGAUACUGGAAGCUGAAUACCUCUCACGUGCCCCUGAAGGGUGGGAGUUGGUCGAUUUUCCACUGGAAUCGCCUGAUCACAGGCAAAGUGCUAUAUCGCUGCCAAUACAAGGAUGAAUUGAAGAUCCCUCAGGCGGAUAUCGGCUUCGAGGAGCUGAUCGCACGGCUGGUCUUUGGACACCCCCCCGGCACGGCCUUGCUACGACCCCCUUCUGGUGCUCCUGGUGCUGUUCUGACAGUUGCACCCGCGGAGGACUCCGAUGGCGUUCUGAGCUUGCAGGUGCAAUGGAGGCCCGAAUGGCAGGAGAGGAGCCAGGCCAGCCUGCCCCCCUUUUGGAUGAGGUUGGAGCAGCCCCGCAUGCCCACAGGUGAAGGGGAAACCGAUGGCACGUCCACCCUGCAGGAUGAAGAGAAGCCUGAGGCGGGAAGCGGAACCGAAUCUACAGAAGUCCCUGCGAGAAAGCCCUCGCUCUUGACUACCAUCCAGGGAAUGAAAACCCUUUUGAAAGUGCACGGCAGUGAUAGUAUUCGCUUCCGAGCCGAGGGAGAUCGUGUUACGACUGUCUUCUUUGAGGAAUCAGGAAUUAUGACGGGUGAACGACGCGAUCUCUCUACUCAUGGAGAGACGUUUCGACAUUGGUUCGUUUGCGUCGCCUCUGCCCUUGGGGAAUACGAAGGCGCAGGGCUAUACAACAUCAGCAUUCCAGCUAAUACCUUGGCAUUUGUAAGACGCAAGUCAAUUCCUUGUGGUGUGAUGGUGGUUCUGGACCUUCUUGAAAGCAAAGAUGUGCCCCCGUGGGAAUCUCCACCACCCCCUUGGUUGAAACCGCAAAUGAAAUAUUUCAGCGCAACGAGGAGGACAGACUGGCUCGCCAGAUGGAAGACAUAA